CUCACCAACUCUUCUUUGUGCAAAUCAUCCAAUUUUGGGAUCAACUCUUUGAAUUUUGUCGAACUGGGUGUAUUACUAUCGUACGACGUUAUCGAAGACGAGAAUAAUCUCUUUAACGAGUUUGAUGUUACUGGUCGGUUGACCUGGUAA